GACAGAUCAUACGAGCUACAGACGAACUGAAGGCUCAGUUAAUUAAUUUCUACUUUUUCUGGAAUUUUUCAUGCUUUAUUAAGGUUUUCAGAUCCUGUUGGCUUUAAGCUUAUUUUUCAGAUCAAUUAUGCUCAAACUUGAUUGGUCAUGUAUAAUUGCUGCAGCCCACCUGCUAGAAUUCAAAUUGAUGGAAUUGGGUGAUGAAAUGCAGAAGAUAUUACUCUGGAUUUCUCAGAGUGGCAAUCUUGCGCUUUGUUUACUCUGGUGUAUUAUACAUUUGAUUGUCGGCAUAUGGUACUUUGCACUGGGUAUUGCUGGUGCGCUUGAGAGCUGUCUUAUCUCUAUUGGUUUGUUGAAGAGGUACAAAGCCCUUGAUAUAGGCAAAGUCAGGUACCUGGCAAUUGUUAUAGACAGUGAAGAAGCUCGCCAGACAUCAAAGGUUAUUGAACUUCUGCGGUGGCUUGCGGCUAUCGGUGUCAAAAAUGCCUGCCUAUAUGAUCCAGAUGGAGUCUUGAAGAAAUUCAAGGAAGCCUUCAUGACAAGACUUGGGGAUGCGCAAUUGUCUGAGGAAGCUGCUGUAAAUGAUCCACUGCUUGACCAAAAGUAUAUGGCUUUGGAAUUUGCUUCAUUGUCUGAUGGAAAGGAGGCAGCAGCUAGAGCAGCUAACUUACUUUUUGUGAAGUAUUAUUUGGGUGGAGCGGAUACAAAACCCAUCUUCACUGAAUCUCUCAUGGCUGAGGCAUUAAAGGCUGUUGGUUUGUCGUUUUUUCCCUCUCGUUUUUUGCAUAACGUAUACACACAGAUAUCUGAUCUUUUAGCUAUUGGUGUCAUACCUAUCAGGUUGUAAGGUGACGGAACCUGACCUUCUAUUAGUGUAUGGCCCUGCAAGAUGCCACCUAGGGUUCCCAGCAUGGAGACUUCGGUACACUGAGAUUGUACAUAUGGGACCAUUGAAGUCCAUGAAAUGUGGUUCCCUAAUAAAAGUCAUUCGCAAGUUCACAAUGGUGCGCCAGAACUAUGGUACAUGAGGCCCUUCACGUGGAGGAAAUUUUCUUAUGUGACAUGUUCAAGGGUAGAGCGAAUGGAAAAGACUUGUAGUUCCCAACAUUUGCCAGCUGAAUUUUAUUUACCUUGGUUUCAUUUUGGUUUAUGUUUCAUGGAAUAUUGUAAGAUGACCAGGUAGAUUUAUGCCACGAGAUUGUGGGUUCUCUUUUUCUUUUUCUUAAAAAAGGGUGGGGGCAAAGGAGAGCCCCUGAUCGCACACAUUAUUCUUCUUGGAAAUGAAUCUAAUUAGACUAGCGUAACGGUUAAACACUGUGUUACAAUGUGGACUACAAAAUUCGAACCUCCAACUUCAGGGUGAGAAAUUCAGUUGGUAUUUCACUAGAUCACCUCACUCGACGGUAGCUUGUUGGUUCUCUCUUUCUUUCUCUCUUUGUCUGGUUCAUCG